AUGUCUUCAUCUACAUCAUUUAAAUGUCAAAUUUUUGUACGUAAUUUACCUAAACGUACAACAGCAAAACAAUUACAACAAUAUGCAUCACGUUAUGGUUCAGUUCUUGAUUGUUAUUUAACUGAAACUGAUGGUGAAGGUUUUAUUGAAUUUAAUGAUCGUAUAAGUGUUGAUGUAUUUAUGGAUAAACGACCACAUACAAUUGAUGGAAAUGAAUUACAAUGUCAACGAUGUUUACCAUCAAAUGAAUUACAAAAACCAGUUAAACGUAUUUUUAUUCGUGGUACAGUUCAACAAUUAACUGAUAAUCGUUUAUCAAAUUAUUUUGAUAAAUAUGGUAAAAUUUUAACAUGUACAAUACCAAAAGGUAAACGUAAUAAUACAUUUACACAUUUUGGUUAUGCAUUUGUGGCAUUUGAUGAUGAAGAUGCUGUUGAUAGAAUUAUACAAGAUAAACCACAUUUUAUUGAUGGUUUAGAAUUAGAAGUACAAAAAGCUGAAGAUUUAACACGUAAUCGUCGAACAUCAUUAUCAAGAUCACCAAGUUCACGUUCAUCUCGUUCACCGAUACGUUCACUUCCAAUAAAUAAUACUACUACUACUAAUAAUAAUAAACGUUCAAGACGUGAAUCACCUUCACCACAACCUAUACAAAUAAAACGUCCAAUUCGUAAUACAGAAGAAUUUACAAUAAGACAAUUAGAAGAAGAAAAUCGUCGUUUACAUGAACAUCUUAUUGUAUCAAAACGUCAUUUUGAUGAAGAUAUAUGGAAAUUAAGACGAGAAUUAGAUGAUGAACGUCGACGUUAUGAUCAAUUAAAACUUGAAUUUGAUUAUGUACGUCGUGAUUUAGCACAUAUAACAACUGAAUUACAACAAAAAACAUCAGCAAGACAUUUAAAUUCGAAUACUAAACGUGAUUUAUCAUCAAGACGUUAG